AUGGGGGCGGCCGCGGAGUCGCAGCGGCUGCGCGCGGGCGCGGGCUGCAGCGGGUACGGCGCGGCGGGAGGUCCAGUGGACCUGGAGAGUGGACCAGUGGUCCACUCGAAGGGCCAGGGGGUUCGUUGGGCAGCUGCGGAGAAGGCGCAGCUGCUGCUGCUGCUGCUGGCGUGGUAUUUGCUGAACAUAAUGUACAACAUAGACAACAAGAAAGCCCUUUCUCUGCUGCCUCUCCCCUGGUUCGUCUCCACCUUCCAGCUGCUCUUUGGCUGGCUCUUCUUCGGCUCCGCCUGGCUGCUGCGGCUGCGGCCCAGGCCCCGCUGCCACUCCUGGAAACUCUUCUUUGCUGCUGUUGUUCCGCAAGGACUUUGCCACUUUUUGGUUCAUUUUGGAGCAGUAGUUUCGAUGUCUUUAGGCGCAGUUUCUUUUACUCAUAUUGUGAAGGCUGGGGAGCCAGUUUUGACGGCGCUGCUGUCUUUGCUGCUGCUGCAGCAGCAGUUUGCUGCAGCAACUUACCUCGCGCUGCUGCCCGUUGCUGCUGGCGUUGCUGCUGCUUCCUGCACCCAAGUGGACUUCAGCUGGGCCUCCUUUUGCUGCGCAAUGCUCAGCAACUUCGGCAGCAGCAGCAGAGCCCUCUUGGCCAAAAAAGUGAUGUCUAAUGCAGCAGCAGUUGGCAGCAACUUGUCUUCUCCGAACUUGUACGCGCUGCUGACCAUGGUAGCUUCUGCUGCUGCGCUGCCGCUCGCGCUGCUGCUCGAGGGGCCCCGUGCUGCAGCAGCGUUUGCUGCUGCUGCUGCUCCGGGGGGCCCCGGGGCCCCCGCCGUGCUGCUGAAGAUGACCCAAAGUGCCAUUUGGUGCAGCAGCAGCAGCAGCAGCAGCAGCAGCAGCAGCAGCAGCAGCAGCAGCAGCAGCAGCAGCAGCAGCAGCAGCAGCAGCAGCGGGAGGCGUGGUGGUGCUGCUGUCAUCGUUUUCCAAACUCCUUUAACUCCGCUGGGAGCAGCAGGAAGUGUUGUGGCUAUUGUUGGGACUUUUCUCUACUCUCUUAGCAGGGCCAAGUAUGGCUAG